AAGACACGAAGGCUCAGCCCGAGAAACAUGAGGCGGGUACGAGGUCGUUUUCUUGCAUCCAACGACUGUUCGACGAUAUUCAUUCUCCAACCAUAGACUUCUCUCAUCUUCUCCUACGUUCUGAAAUCUUUUUCUCACUUCACACUCAGAUUCAUACACCCAUUUACAUUUCUUAAUCAAAUACCCUUUUCCCUAAAAUGGAUAGAGACUCAUCGGACGACGAAGAAGAUAGCCAGACGCUAAUUGAGCAAAACGACAGGAAAUCCCAACCACUCCCUACUUCCUCUCCCCAGCGCCGAUCCUCCUCCACCACCUUAGACAUUGAGUCUCUUGGAGGUUCAAUACGUCGUCGUUUCUUCCGUGACUUCAAUAAGAGGUAUUAUUACUUCUUGUUGGUCAUUUUUCUCCCUCUCUUAAUCGUCGUCGUUGUUUUCUCGGCCGAUGUAAGGAAUCUCUUCUCCGCCAAUAUUUCUGCUCUCAGGCUUGAUUCUGUUACUGACCGCAUGAGAGAGGCUGAGUUGCAAGCGCUUUACUUGCUGGGUCAGCAGCAAGUUUCUCUCUUUUCUCUCUUGAACCAGUCAUUUCCCUUUCACAGUAAUAACUACAAUAGUACGAUUUCGAAUUCUAAUUCCAAUUCUAGUGUUAAUUACAAUUCCACUUUUGUGUUCAAUAACUUUGAGGGAGAAAGUUUGAAAUUCAAGAUUGAGGAUUUGAGAUCUGCCCUUCUCAAUCAGAUUUCGCUGAAUAAACAAAUUCAACAGGUUCUAUUAUCCCCUCACAAGUCCGGGAGUGCGAAUGUAUCUUCUUCAGAUUUCGAUAACGCUGCUGGGCCAUUUGUGGGUUCUGGGUUUGGUUACGAUAGGUGUAGGAAGGUGCAGUCGAGAUUCUUGGAAAGGAAGACCAUAGAGUGGAAACCCAGAUCAGACAAGUUCUUGUUUGCCAUAUGCUUAUCUGGGCAGAUGAGUAACCAUUUGAUUUGCUUGGAGAAGCAUAUGUUUUUCGCGGCUUUGUUGAAUAGGGUUCUGGUUAUGCCAAGCUCUAAAUUCGAUUACCAGUAUAGUAGGGUGCUAGAUAUUGACCAUAUAAAUCAAUGUUUGGGAAGAAAGGUGGUUGUCACAUUUGAAGAGUUUGCACAAAUGAGGAAGAAUCAUAUCCAUAUUGAUCGGUUUAUAUGUUACUUCUCUUCACCUACUCAUUGUUACGUGGAUGAAGAACAUAUUAAGAAGUUGAAAGUGUUGGGGAUUUCAAUGGGGAAGCUUGAGUCGCCUUGGAAGGAAGAUGUUAAGAAACCAAAUAAGAAGACAGUUGAAGAUGUGCAGACCAAGUUUACUUCCAAUGAUGAUGUUAUUGCAAUUGGAGAUGUGUUUUUUGCUGAUCUAGAGAAGGAGCGGGUGUUGCAGCCUGGUGGACCUCUUGCUCACAAAUGCAAGACAUUGAUAGAGCCAAGUAGGCGUAUAAUACUUACUGCCCAGCGAUUUAUUCAAACUUUCUUGGGGAAGGACUUCAUCGCUCUCCAUUUUCGACGGCAUGGCUUUUUGAAGUUCUGCAACGUGAAAAAGCAAAGUUGCUUUUACCCCAUUCCGCAAGCUGCAGAUUGCAUUGUGCGGGUGGUUGAAAUGGCCAAUGCACCAGUCAUCUACCUUUCCACUGAUGCAGCAGAAAGUGAAACUGAUUUGUUGCAGUCACUAAUUGUACUGAAUGGGAAAAUUGUACCGCUUGUCAGACGUCCAUCUCACACUUCAGUUGAGAAGUGGGAUGCUUUGUUGUCAAGACAUGGCAUUGAGGGCGAUUCUCAGUUCCCAGGCGUUUGGCCAGUAUAUCAAACAAUUGAAAAUGCAUCAAGUAGAAGCUAUGCUUGAUAAGACAAUCUGUGCUAUGUCUAGUGUUUUCAUAGGAGCCUCAGGUUCCACUUUCACUGAGGAUAUUUUGCGGCUGCGUAAGGAUUGGGAAUCAGCUUCUUUAUGUGAUGAGUACCUAUGCCAGGGUGAAUCGCCGAACUACAUAGCAGAAGAUGAAUGAAGAUGAAGGAAAUUGUCCUAUUAUUUUCUGCUAUACAAUGUCAUUCCCUGUGAAGAUGCUUUACCAUGAAUUACCUGCAAGAACGCAAUUUAUUCUUCCUGGGUUGAUGCCUUUUACAGCUAAUGAAGCUGAAUCUAUUGCCUUUGUAUAUGUUAGUGUAUAAUUGUAGCAUUUCUAUUUUGCACAUAAGUUUGUGUUGAUUUUUGCAAGACGCGUUUAAAAUACAUCAGCUGAAGAAAUUGUUCUC